AUGACAACAGCACAUCGGCCCACUUUCCAUCCUGCCCGCGGUGGCACGGGCAGGACUGAGGGAGAUCUUUCGAAGUUAUCUCAACAAUAUUCUUCGAAAGAUAUGCCUUCGCACACCAAGUUGAAAUAUCGACAAACGGGUCAAGGGACUGAGGAAGAGCUCAGAAGAAAAGAUCUGCGACGAGAGCUGGAAGAGAAAGAGAAGAUGGUUUCACGCGAACGGCGCAACCGUGAUUCUGGAGCUUCAGCUUCGAGC